AAUUUUUGCGUGCCCUAAAACAGGGGCAUGGCGAUGGCAAUGGCGAUGGCCGUGGGGAGCUGCGAAUCCAUCGUUCUUCUCUAUUCCCAGCCAAGAAUCCCGAGGUCAGCUCUCCAAAUCCGAUGCUCAUCGUCCCUUGCGAGCAAACAGACAAGCAGCAGUAGCAAAAUCCCCUUGGCAUUGCAAGAUUUCGAGGCUGUGAUCGGUGUGGAGACGCACGUCCAGCUCGGCACGGCCACCAAGGCCUUCUGUGGAUGCCUCUCGCAGUAUGGCGCGCAGCCGAAUUCCAAUGUGUGCCCGGUGUGUAUGGGGCUGCCAGGAGCUCUCCCGGUUCUCAACGAGAGGGUCGUGGAUUUCGCCAUCAAGCUCGGCCUGGCGCUCAACUGCGAUCUCUCGCUGCGGUCGAAAUUCGAUCGGAAGCAGUACUUCUACGCGGAUCUUCCCAAAGGAUAUCAGAUCUCCCAGUUUGAUAUCCCGAUCGCCAGGCAUGGAAGCAUCGAAGUGGAUUUGCCAGUGGAAUACGGUGGUGGGCAUCGUAAGUUUGGAAUCACUAGAGUUCAUAUAGAGGAGGACGCUGGAAAGCUUGUUCAUGCUGGUGGUGGUGGAAGACUAUCCGGCUCGCCAUACUCGCUGGUGGAUUUAAACAGGGCUGGAGUUCCUUUACUGGAGAUUGUCUCGGAGCCGGACAUGAGAACCGGCAUUGAAGCUGCCGAGUACGCGGCGGAGGUGGCAAGAGUGGUAAAGUGUCUCGGCAUUGGAAGUGGAAGCAUGGCCGAGGGAUCGCUUCGCUGUGAUGUGAAUGUUUCUGUGAGACCCAGAGGCCAGGCAGCCUUUGGCACCAAGGUGGAAAUCAAGAACAUGAACUCGUGUGCCGCGAUGCAUCGGGCUAUAGACUUCGAGAUUUUGCGGCAAGUUGCUCUUCACAAGGAGGGUCUGGAGUCGAAGAUCGUGCAAGAGACUAGACUGUGGGAGGAAGGAAGUCAGAGAACUGUCACUAUGCGUGCGAAGGAGGGUCUUGCAGAUUACCGCUACUUUCCAGAGCCAGAUCUUCUCGAGCUUGUAUUGAAGCAGGAGCAAGUUGACUCAAUCAACGAAGCUCUGCCAGAGCUUCCGAAUGAAACUCGUCGGCGAUACGAGGCCUUGGGCCUCAGCAUGCAGGAUGUUCUUGUGCUGGCUGACGACAAGAAUGUGUCGGAAUACUUUGAUAGUACGUUGGAGCAAGGUGCUGACAUGAAAAUGGCUGCUAACUGGAUAAUGGGAGACAUCACUGCCUAUCUCAAGACGGAGAAGCUUUCGAUUUCCGACGUAAAAAUCUCUCCAAGCGUACUGGCGGAGCUCGUUACUCUCAUCAAGGACGGAACGAUCAGUGGGAAAAUCGGCAAAGAGAUUCUUCCCGAGUUGAUAAGAAACGGUGGCACUGCGAAAGAAGUGAUUGAAGCCAAGGGUCUCACCCAGAUUUCCGACGAAGCGGAGAUAGCUUCCCUGGUUGACAAGGUGCUACUGGAGAAUCCAAAGCAAUUAGAAGCUUUCAAGAAAGGAAAAACUAAACUCCAAGGAUUCUUCGAAGGCCAGGUGAUGAGAUCCACAAAUGGAAGGGUCAAUCCAAUUUUGAUGAAGAAGAUUGUCGCGCAGAAGCUAGGACUGUCCUGAAAGAAGAAAGAAAAAUUAAAUCUAAUGUGGAUAAGGAAGCUUUCGUUUG